AGUGUCCCCGAGCUAUCAAGGAGGUAUAAAUUAAGAAAGUUGCUUGCAACACUCAGUCUUUCUCGUUCGAGCGAAGCUUCAAGCAAACUUGUUAUAUUACAAACAAAUAAAAUGGGUAAAGUACAACUAUUAUUGGUAUUUUCCAUUGUAUUCUUAGUAACAUACGUUUACGCCCAAGGAAAAAGUUGUCCUUUGGCCAGCAAGGUCACUUCGUGCAGUCCAAAAUGCAAAGACGAUACCGAGUGUUUCGGUAAAAGAUGUUGCAAUAACAUUUGUAACACAAAAUCGUGCGUUGCCGAAAAUAUAAGAGGCGGAGAUGAUGAUUAUAAAGGUUCAAAGAACACUGCAACUGGGUCUUAUUGUGGAAACGUAAAAUGUAGCGCGUUUGAAAAGUGUCAAAUAGAUCGCACCACAAAUCGUCAAAAAUGUGUUCGAUCUUAAUACAAAAACCUUUUUUCUUUACUUUAUACAAUACUACUAUCUUUAUUUAAUCAAUAUGUAGAAAAUAAACACAUAAAGUAAA